GUUAGAUUAGCGUCAAACAUUAAGUGAUAUAAAUAGGCUCAGAAACACUCCCUACAUCUAUUACAAGCAAUACUAAUCUAUCGACAAUAAUCAAUAAUAUGAUACAAAAUAAGCAAAAAUGAUCGCCAGACCUAAUGUAAGGUAUUAGAUGAUUUAAUUUUCUGAAUGUAGAUCCUCUCAUUUAUUAACAAACACGAAAACCUGUCCAAAUUACAAUAAGAACAAAAAAAAUUGAGACAAUCAAGUCAAUAACGUGAAAGAACCAAAACUCAAUCAAAUUACAGGGCCUUCAGUCUGAAUUAAAAAGCUCCUUCUAAUUCCAGAAGUCAACCUGAUUUGACUGAUGACAACCAAAGUGUUUUUGUACCAUAUCGACAAAGAAACAUUUCAUAAAAUAGUAUCUCGAUUUCAUAUGAUAAUUCUGAAAAAAAAAAGAGCUUUUUACCAACUAUGAAUAAUAAGGAUCCAAUGUUGCAAACUUUUGGCAAAUAAGUCAUCAUCCUCAAACCCAAGAGAUUCCCUACUGAGAUAUUCUAAGGAAAUGUGAGCAAGAUGAAGAAGCAAUUCUAAUAAAAUUAUUGA